GGCGUGUCCCCGCGGGCAGUGUGGCAGUUCCGCAACAUGAUCAAAUGCACGAUCCCCAGCAGUGACCCCUUCAAAGAUUACAACGACUAUGGCUGCUAUUGUGGCCUGGGUGGAUCCGGCACUCCCGUGGAUGAACUGGACAGGUGCUGUCAGACACACGACAACUGCUACGGCCAAGCCAAGGAACUGAAAAGCUGCAAAUUUCUCCUGGACAACCCCUACACCAAAAGCUACUCGUACUCUUGCUCUGGUUCAGAGGUCACCUGCAGCAGCAAAAACAAAGAAUGCCAGGCCUUUAUCUGCAACUGCGACCGCAGUGCUGCCAUCUGCUUUUCAAAGGCCCCGUACAACAAGGCUUACAAGAAUCUGGACACCAAGAAGUAUUGUAAAGAUUGAGUAUUGCCUCUGGAAAGCAUCAUCCUUAUGGCAUUCACCUUACACUGUACCCUCCAAUAAAGCACAUUGUUGAAAAGCC